ACUUCAAUCAGAAUUUUUAAAAGGAAAAAAUAAUUUAAAACAUAUUUUUUAACUACAACUUUUAAGAAAUUCAUUCUUAUAUUUUCUUAAACACAAAAAAUAACGUUAUUGUCAACUAGAGAUCUUUUCGUCCAAAAUCAAUAGAACAAUGGAUGAUAAAGAGUAUCGUAAUCAGUUUAGAAAUGACUUUAUGGGCCAUGUAAAAAAUCCAAAAUUACAACAAAAAAUGUGUGAUAGUUAUUUAAACGAGUCUCCAGCACAAUAUAUAAAGGAACAGUCAUCGAAAGUCCAACAAAAAUUUUACGAAUUACCAUCAAAUAUUGUAGCCAAGCAGCGAAGUUUAAAUCAGUCUUCAAACAGUGGUGGUGACGCAGAUCGCUUGUUACACUAUCCUACCCAUGCAACACAUCAUAUUAGUGAUUGCUAUAGACAAUGCCGUAUGAAUGACAAUUUUUGCUUAAAACAGUCCAAUCCCAAACCAACGGCUCCGGCUAUAAACUCAAAUUCUUCGCGUAAGUAUCAAUCGAAUGCCAUUGUAGACGACUGUAUUGGCGAUCAUCGUUUUAUUUAUGAAAAUGAUUCAAAUUUGGGAGGACUUGGUGGCAAUGGCUCAGAAGACAGUGCUAAAAGUCAAAAGUCUUCGAAAACGGUGGUAAGUCGCAAAAGUUCACACGACUUACGGAAAAUGGUAACGUCUCAGUGUAAGCUACAUGAAGUGAUCGAUGAGACUCUUAAACAAAUGUGCAAUACGGAUGUAGAUGUCACUGGUGAAAAUAAUGCCUGUGGAUUGCAAGAACAACCUUCUACCCAGUAUCCUCUGACACCAGGAUGUAAACAUUGCACAGAUCGCUUACUAACUGUACAAUCACAAAAGGAUGUUAUGACUGAAAUUGGUAAAGGAGAUUUUUUAGAUUGUCGGAAUACCGACACAUUGACUAUAUCCCUAGAUGAUGUUGUCAAUUCGAAAGUUAUUAACCCCAUGAUACGUAAAUUACAACGUAUGUAUUUGAAUAAUCUAAAGGAGGAAAUGUCUCUUAUGGAAGACUUGGAACGAAUGCCAUAUAAAGUAAGCGAAGUUUAUAAAGCGGCAAUAUUCAAGAAAAAAGACUAAUGACGCUUACAUAUUAAAGGAAAAUUAUAGUUUUUUUUUUUGGAAAAUUUAAAAUUUUUUGAAAUGGUUGGAAAAAAAUUACUUAAAAUCAAAUUUAAAAAAAUUAUUAAAAAAAAUACAUUCUGAACUGAAAAUAAUUG